CUUUGAUAUACUUCUCUACAUAAAUACAUAUAUCUCUCUGGUGAUCUUGAAACAUAUAGCCAAAAUAAAAAUUCAACGGAGGAUCAUGACAAGUAUUCAUGAGGAGACGCGUCUAGUACUCCUCAUCAAGGGCAAACGCACCAAACGUCAGCGAUCUGCGUCUCCUCAUAUGAACGCAGACGCAGUGUCCGGCGUUUGCAACCAGGAACGAUCACUGGAGGCAAGAGAAGGAGCUACGGACGAAGACCAAGACAUGGCGAAUUGUCUUAUAUUGUUGUCACAGGGGCAUAAAUCAAAGAGUAGUGGCGAUCAUUUCUCAACGCAGAAAAUUGGCUUCUUGAGCAACAAGAAACCGGUGGCUUCUCUAGGGUUAGGUCUAAACGGUGUUUACCAGUGCAAAACGUGUGAUAAAAGCUUCAACUCGUUUCAAGCGCUAGGAGGGCACAGGACUAGCCAUAAGAAGCCUAAACUCGGAGCAAUCGUUCUCAGAUGCGACGAGAAGAAAUCUGCGUCUGCGUUUGAAACAGUGAAAGCUGCGAGAGUUGUAGGAAGCUUUCUUUCUCUGCAAGUAACUAGCAGUGACGGUAGCAAGAAACAGGAGAAAACACAUGAAUGUUCGAUCUGUAAGGCCGAGUUUUCUUCAGGACAAGCCUUAGGAGGACAUAUGAGGAGACAUAGAGGUCUAGCAGUUAAUGCAAACGCUAACUCAACAAUUAAAGCAGAGAUAGCAUCAAAUCAUCAUCAAGAAGGUGUAAGGACAAAGAACUUCCUGGAGUUAGAUUUGAAUCUUCCAGCACAAGAAGAUGAACCGAAAUUCAUGUUUGCGUCCAAAGAUCAGAUUCUUCUCUUCACGGCUGCAGCAUCCAAUUCUUUGAUUGAUUGUCAUCUCUAAUUUCUUUUAAUUACUUGUUUACCUUUUAUAUGUUAAUCUCUAACUCUCUUCUUACUAUUAUCUAAUUUAAUAUUGAUUCUUGUAAUUUGACAUUGAUUGAAUUAACUUGAA